AACAACAUCUUACCUACCCGUGUAUACAGAUGAUUAUACACAAGGCCUUGUAUACAGCUAAACGUACUACAAUACAGGUUACGUAAAGGACACUUCUGUCUUGUCCGUACCCCCGUUCAAGGAUUUUUUUUUCUGUUGUCUCCUUGCCUGUCCCUUGAAUUCGGGGAGACAGUUUUGCAAGCACUGCAGUAGUUGAACAGUUACAGUGUAGACACUCGCUUCUAUAGCAAACCGCUAGAUGGCGUUAUUGCAGCAGAAGACCCUGGUGCCCCUCGGGUUGGCGCUGCUGGCGCUGGCCGGCCUCAGCAUCAUCUUCGGCAUCACCGCAGAGGCCAUCCAGGGAGGCGCCGCGAACAGACACAACUUCAGCUACAAGUCCUCCCCGCUCUACUACUCACCUAUCUGGGCAGGGAUACUGGUUGUCUUUGCAGGUCUGGUGGCCAUGUCGAGUGGGAGGGACCGUUUUGGCGUCUUUAAGCUCUCUAUGGCCCUGACCCUGUCCACCGUGGCCUAUGUGGCCGCCCUGGCCGCCUUCCUGAUCGCUACGGUAGCGCUGGCCUUCAUCCCGCACGAGUACCCCUACUACUGCCUCCGCGGCUUUCACGAUCUGGCGCCGAGCGGGGCCUACAAGGACAGACUCUGCGCAGGAAUGAAGGGGAUGAUGGGACUGGCCCUGAUACUGGCCCUGCUGGAGUUGGUCCUCCUUAUCAUCAUCAUGUUCAUCUCCUGCAAACUGCUCCGUGAAAAGGACCAAUGGGCUGCUAAGCAACGUACGACUAGGAUGGCUCCUCAGCCUGAUGGCAUGGUGAUUCUGACGCAGUACCCAGACCAGAAGCCCUUGAACAAUGCAUACCAGAAUCCUGGCUACAGCAAUGGCGCCCCCUAGUGAUUUCCCAACGUAAUGCAAGAAGCAAAACCAACAAAAACAACGAUAUGAACAUGGAAACAAUGACUGCAUUGACUGACUGAAGUCAGAAAUGCUAUACAGGUUCACUCAACUGCCAAUGAGCACCGGUGAUGCUUUAAGAGUUGAAUUACUCUACUCAAGAAGCAUUAACGAUUCUCAUUGGCAGUUGAACUGCUUGUGAAAUGUUUUGAUUGGUUAACGGGUACGCUCAUUAGCUACAAUGUCUGCAUAAAAAUGUAAUAUAUGAAGUUCUCUGAGCUAUGGGAUGGUAUUAUAUUGCUCAUUACUAUUCACUCAUUAUUCACAUUAUAAUCUCUAUAAUAUGAGACUUACAUCAGUCAUAAGAUAUAAACGUAGUGGCAUCAUUUUCACAAAAAUGCAGGUUUCCCUUGUAGUCUUUUGUCAAGCUACUCGUACACAACAUUGGGCUCACCCCAUUUUACUGUGUGAAUAAAAAAAGAAAAACCAAUACAGGAUUUGCUAUGGCAAACCUGUUCUUUUGCAUGUUUGAUGUACAGCUAAUAUUCUGUUCAUAUUGCUGCGAUAACUAAUAUGCUAUUAAUAGGCGAUAAAAUAUUCACACUAAAUGUCUUUAUUUAUAGGGUUUGCAUGGUUUAGUGAGCAACAUGUUUAACAUGUCCGAAAAAAAAAUUAGGUAAUUCACUACAAGUGGAAUUUUGCAAAAACAUGGGCUCAUCUUGUAUUGAUAUUUAUUGAUAUAUACUGUAAAUGCAGAAACUUUUGGGGUGGUUUAAUGUUCACUUCACUGCGAACUUAAAACCACCACAAACAAUUUUCCUUGGCAAUAAGAGACACAGUGCAUGGUGCUACCCCGAAAAGUCCUUCUUCCCGCUACCGCAAAAUUAAUCCCCACAAACUUAGAUGCAUUUACAGUAAUCUAAUGGAAAAUAAAACUCCCUUUAGGAUGUUUUGGGCACCUUUUAGACUAUCUCUUUUAUAGCUGCUAGAGUGAAGUGUGGCAGUGUCUUAUGUCAGAAAGCACAGCGUUGCAUAAAGGUUUCUGACGACUUCCUUUCCUGCCUUAAAGGGGAUAUCUUCUUUGAUACCCAAUCUGUGUGAGACGUUUUGUCAAUGGAAAAUGAGGAAUCAAAGUGUUUCAAAAACACACCACAUAUUCGAGACUUAAAUGAUAGCUAUCACUAUACUUUCCUUCCUGACAUCUAUAGAAAGAAAUUCUGUUAUCACUACAGAGAUGAAAAUUGGCAUGUGAGUUAUACAGCCAUGUUAAACAUUAUACACGUCAAAUCUUAUCCAUCUUCGACAAUUAGAAGUGUCUUGUUAUCUUUCUUGAACUGGUGUUGGAAGUGAUAGUAAGAUUCUAUCUAAUCAAGCGCAUGUUUUAAGUUAUCACUGUACAGUAUGUGGUAUUCAAUAAAGCAUAAAUCAUUUACCCUUUCAUUGUUGAUUCUAUGUCUUUGCCAAUAGAAAUAUUUCACUAGAAAAGUUCAUUAGAUUUUCUUCAUUUCUAGCAUCACACAGUAUUUCAGCUAUCAAUAAGUAUCAUAUAAUCAACUAUGGCAUUCCCAAUACAAAACUCAAAUACUCAAGAAACUUUUCAAUCACACAAAAAUGUGACAUUUUAUUAAUAAUCAUCAUUGACAAUCAUCUUUAAGUAAAUCUGCAAACAUAUUGUAUCUAGGAGAAUUAAAACUGUUCUGUUACAAAUAUAACUGAACAACGGCGGUUUACAUUUAAGUAGCUAGUAGUUGGUUAUACAGUAUAUGGAUAACUAACCAAAAAUAACGUGUUACUAAUUUGUAUGCAUCAUAUUCAUAUUACUUACUGAGGCUGUACAUUACUACAAGACACUACCUACUUGCCAAUGAAUGUGUAGCACAAUGAAGAAAAUAAUGUGCACUUCCGACAAGGCUUUCCCCCUGUGGUGUUGCCAAGAACAGUUAUCACUCAUUUUAGAACAACCAAUAGAUGUUGUAGGACUUUCUAACAUGGCACAAUUGAACCAUGUGGUUUGGGAAUUUUCUUCAGAGUGCAGCUCAUUCAUAGGCUGUGUGUUCCUAAACAAUACACAACUAUGCCAAAAAGUAGUAACUCAAGCAACUGGAUAUGGUUUUGGAAACGGCCAGACAUUUCAACUACUAUCCAGUAGUUUUAAUUUUGUCAGUGACACUGAAGAGUGUCUGACCAUUUCCAAAACCAUAUCCUGUUACUUGAGUGACUACUUUUCUGCGUAUCUUAUUACCUGGAUGUCUAACCUUCAUUGACACACUACACAACUACUUUCUUCAACAACACUACGGGUCUUGAAAAAAAAAAAAAA